UGGGAGGAGUCGUAACCAUUCCACGCCUUCAUUCAGGACUCGGUAACUCCCGCUUCAUUAUUCCUGAAGUAUGUGCAAGACGCGGAUGAAUAACUUGCAAAGGUGAGCAGGAGCAGUGCGUGGCGAGACGACUGAGUGGUGAGACAACAGCAGAUGACGACUCGCCUCUGACGUCACCGAUGUACGAGUGAACCACUGCCCGCCGCCUCAUCCUUGCUCCCACCCACCACCCUCUGCUCCCUUGAGGCCUUCUUGUGUGUGUGUGUGUGUGUGUGUGUGUUGGUCUUACUAAAAGAAUCGUUAUAACUUAAUCUUAACUCCCUUAACUUUACCUACUUCAUUUUGCGAAACUUAAACUUUACUGACCACCACCCCGAUACAGUCAGGUAAUACGUCGCUCUCUCUCUCUCUCUCUCUCUCUCUCUCUCUCUCUCUCUCUAAAUUUUUCCAGGACAUCAAGGGACAACGUUCACAGCGCCAUACCCUUACACACGGAACAAUGAAUAAUGCGGAGUUUGGUGAGGGGCAACAAGACUACUUUACUGGGAGCAGCGGGGAGGCUGCGACACACUGCGGCUGAUUGGGGGACGGCAAGGUGGAGCAUCACUACCUCCCUUGCUUGAUUCUUCCUUUUUCUCACCCCUCAAUUGAGUGGCCCAAGUAAGAAAGGGAGUAUCUUAACUUGUAAAACCUUCCUUAACAUAUUUUUGUAAAGUGUCCCUCUUCGGUAAGGUGCUUCUUGCCCCUAAAAGUACAAUAGUAUUACAGUCCAAUGUUCUCUUCAACAAGGACAUGGCGAGGUGGUGGUGGUGGACUUGGGCGGUGGAGGUUACCCUGCUGGCUGGAGGACUGUCCGUCAGGCCUCCUCUGGGCGACGGCUGCUGCCUCCCAGGAAGUGACUCCCUGGCACAGACGUGGCUGCCAUCAACUUCUCGCAUGGGAAAACAUGAGGCUGUUCCUCUCCAGUUGGCAGACACUGAAAGGCUGGCGGACGGGGCGGUGCUGCGAGUGGCCGCCGAGGAGUGGGUGCCGCAUAUCGCAGUCGUGGACCUCGGGGGCGGCAAUUUCACUAUUCGAGGACCCAUGGCCAAUCUGCUCCACGCCCUUGCCCAAGCACUUAACUUCAGCUAUACGCUGGUGAGGCCGCCUGACGGAGCCUGGGGCAUCCCAACCAAUGACGGGGACUGGAAUGGCAUGAUCGGGAUGGUCAAGAGAAACGUGAGUCAAGUACAUCUUACUUAACCCUUUCAUUGAUUAACAAAAUUUUCCCUCAAAUUAAUACCUAUAAUUUAUGAGACACUACUUUUAUAGGAUGCUCUCGUAAAUAUUUUUUUGCAUAAAAAGACAAAAUUAAACUUCUCUUUUCUCCAUUUUCUGUCAUGUGUCUCGACCCAUGCAAAUAAUUUCUACAGUGCUGGGAAGGUUAACGAAGGGAGGCUGUAGCAGUAAAAGGGUUACUUUCCACACCUGUAUCAUUCUCCUUUUCGUUCUUUCCUUAGUUUCCAUCCACAUUUAACAAAUGUGAUUCCUACAGAAUACCAAGGUUUAUUUCAAGGUUUAUCUGAUCUAUUCUACCCUAAAACUGAACCAUCGGGAGGUUGAAAGGGUUAAAUAUUUUCCACAUCUACAUCAUUCUCCUCUGAGUUCUUUCCUUA